AGAUCCUCUGUGUAAAAAGCCAAAGGACAAAAAAGUCUUUUGAUUUAACCCAUACUUUACGGGUAAAUUAAUCAAAUAAUUAAGAACUAAUCCGUAACUAAUAAUACCUCCAAAACAAACGUUAAACGCCAACAGAAAUAAAAAAGAUUAAUAUUUUGUAUAAAUCAGGAAGGAAAUUUCCAGGAAACUACCAUUUGUCACUCCAUUCUCACUUCACUCGUCGUUUUAACCCCUCCUGCGUUUGUUCUCCUCCUCACUUCACCACAUCAUUAUGAAAUUCGCCAAAUUCAAUCCGAAGCGUUUGUUCCGAUCCAAGGAUCGAUCUGUCGUCUCUCGAUCCCAGACAUCUUCGUUCGGAUCCGUUUCGUCUUCCUCCUCCGUCGACCGGAAACAUGCCGUCGCCGACGCUGGAACCGUCACGCCGACCAGCGUUCUCCCGGAGGUUUCCGGCGAUUUCGCCGCUGUCGAUGCGUCGUAUCCGUACUCGUACCUUGAGCUCGUUCAGGCGUUCAAGCUGAUCGACAAGGACAACGACGGCGCCGUCUCGAGGCAAGAUCUUGAGGCUCUACUGAGUCGACUCGGUCCCGACCCGCUGAGUCAGGAGGAGAUUGACGUGAUGCUCGGAGAUCUCGACCGCGACGGAGACGGCGCGAUCCGCUUGGAGGCUUUGGCGAGCCGAGUGGUAUCGGCCGGCGAUCUGUCUCGCCACUCGGCGGAACUGAGAGAGACGUUCGAGUUCUUCGACGCCGAUCGCGAUGGUCUGAUAUCGGCGGAGGAGCUCCUACGUGUAUUCGCCUCAAUCGGGGACGAGCAGUGCACGUUAGAGGAUUGCCGGCGCAUGAUAGCGGCGGUGGACGAGGACGGCGAUGGAUUCGUGUGUUUCGGUGAGUUCUCAAGAAUGAUGGAGCUGCAGAGAUGAUGAUCUCUCUCUCUCUCUCUCUCUCUCUCUCUCUCCGUAUUUGUUUCUUGUUUGGCUGUUUUUGCCCUAAUGCUGGGUUCUCUGUCUGGAUAUCUUCUAUGUUCCUUCUUUAUUAUAUUAGGAUUCCAUGUAGAAUGUCUAUAAUCUGGACUCAAAAAAAAUCUUUUUUCCACGUUUAAACUUCAUUUCUGAUACACGGGCUUUAUUAAUAAUUUUUCCUGAAUCUUUUUGUGUAUGGCAAAGUGGCGAAACAAUGGUCCUUAUCAUCUGCCUCUAUUAUAUUUUUUGUUUCCUUA